AUGGAAGGCCUGGAGAAGGAACUGACAUGUCCGGUGUGUUUGGAGCUGUUCGUCUGUCCAGUACAGCUGCCGUGUAACCACAACCUGUGUCACAGGUACAAGAAAAUGAAGAGUACUUCGGACUCUGCCGUGAAUGAAGUUCCCUGUCAGCUUUGUAAGCCCGACCGCCCACAAGUGGCCUUCAGAAGCUGUCUAGACUGCAGAGCGUCCUACUGCGAGGAGUGUCUUGCCAUGACCCAUCCUCAACACCCGCCAUUUUCGGAGCACAAAAUUGUUGAUCCAAGAACUUCUUUUGAAGAGCCCUCACAGACCGUGAUGUGCCCCGACCACCCCAGCAAACCAGUGGAGAUGUACUGUGUGCAGGACCAGACUCCCGUCUGUCUGCUGUGUGAGAAGGUGGGCAGACACAAGCAGCACAACAUGGCGGCCCUGGAGGAGGUGUUCUCCCAGAGACGGGCCGAACUGCAGGGCGGAGUGGACCGGCUUGAGGAGUGGUUGACAGAAGUGGAGGAGAGCUUGAUAGAUCUGGUGGUGACACGGAAAUACAUGGAAUGGAGUGCUGCAAAGUUGAAGGACGCCAUAGAACAAGAGUGUGAGGCCCUUCACGAGGUGAUUCGGCAGCGCGCUGCAGAGAUGAGCCGCCAGGUGUCGCUCGUGAGCGAAAAGGACGUGGCGCGUGUGCAACCAGAGAUAGACAGGAUAGAAGAUAACAUGCAGCAGUCGCGCACAGCCAUAGCGUACGCACAGGAAGCGCUGAAGGAAACAGACCACGGCUGCUUCCUACAAAAUGUAGACUUCUUCAUGAUUACGGCCUUGAACUACUCGACGACCACACUCGUGUCAGAGUGGCAGAUACAGGACCUGGCUGUCACACAGCUUUAG